CAGACGGUCGUCGAGCCAGGUCUCAGAAAGAGCGAGCCGUAAAGCGUAGGCGCCGCCAGUCCCCGGUCGCUCGCGGCAUUAGCGGCGCUGGCCGAGACGGUGGGGAAGCGGUAGCCCCGCCCCUCCUGGUGGUAGCCCCGCCCCUCCUGGUGAGGGGUGAGCUCAAUGGGGGCCGAAUUGGUUGCUUAAGUCCCCGUUAGGGCUUAUGGACUUUCCCCUUGCUAUCCACUUGGGAGCGGCUUUUCUUUUCUCGAGGGUGGGGGCUUAUGGGGCUUUGCUGUCUCGUGUGUCUUUUUGCCACCCCACUUUGUUCCCCUCCUCACUCGGCGCGGUCCCUCCUGAGAAGGGGGUGUCCAGCUCGGACUGGGCUUGUAUCGCACAGGCGGGGGGCUAAGCAGGGUGGCCCCUUUGUGUGAUCUGUGGUAGAGGAGUGGGGUAGAGGCGCAUGGGGGUCCCGGCAUCCUUGCUUCCCCGCUUUGCACGUGUAGGUGUAUCGGGUGUCUCCCGUCAUCCCCGUUCCACCUGACCGUAUGUCCGUGUCUCUUUGGUCCCCUUUCCAGGCUGGCACGGGGGUGAUGGCACAGGUGGGGCACAGGGUGGAUUACUUGGCAGGAUUCUGCUGCCCGGUGGGGGGGCUGGCAGCUGGGAAGCCCAGGGUGCUGUGCCACGAGAACCAGAUCUACCUCUCCAAUGGCACUGAAUAUGUCUACGUCUACGAUCAAGAAGGGCGGUUGAUGAAGGCUGUCUACAGGUUUCCAGAUCAAGUUUGGCAUGUGGAGCUCCUGCCUUUGCACCAGCAGCUGUAUAUCCUGUGUGCUGGAGUUGGUAUUUACUGUGUGUCCUUGGACUACCAAAGCAGGUUAGUGAAGCAGACAGAUGGUGAGGAAAAUGACUGCUUCUCCAGCGUCUUCCCCAUGGGCUCUGAUGCCUGCACCUUCCCCGAUGCCACGCUUUGCACUUUCACGCUGCUCAACGAUGUCCUCGUCACCCUCUCCCAAGUUCAGGGGAAGUGGUGCAUGAACCUCCAUGAGCUCCCAGGCCCCGAGGACCAGAAGAACUUGCCAUGCCAACCAAUCAGCCAUGUGGACAUCACCACCUGCACAAGCAAUGAUGGGGACGUAUCCCUAGCCCACUUCCUCCCGGUCCUCUGUUGCGCUUCUUCUCCUGGGGCCAGUGACCAGAGGGAAGGCCUUCGCCACUCAGGGGGAUUCAUGUUAGAGGAGCCACUCUUUAGCCUCCUAUUUGGCGUAGAUGCUGCCAUGCUGGAUUCUCCCAUGAUCCUCUGUGGCUUCCCAGACGGGCAGCUGUGUUCCGUACCCCUGAAGGCCCUCAGCUCACCCGAUAACCACAGCCGUGAAGAUUCGCCUGUCAAGAUCCUUCACCACUUGGAGGAGCCAGUUGUCUUCAUCGGAGCUUUGAGGACAGAGCGGAGGUCCCCAGACGCAGAGGAGCCACCAGCCUAUGGAGACUUGGGCUGUGACUGUGUGGUGGCUUUGGGCCACUAUGGCAAAAUGGUGGCCAUCAAGGCAGCUCAGGGAGAAGAAGUCAAGGUUCCAGAGCUCCGAGAGUAUUACUUGCAAGGGCCUGUUCUGUGUGCCGCAUGCAGUGGGGGCAGCCGCAUGUACUACAGCACCCAUUCAGACAUCUAUGCUGUUGACUUGGACAGUAACACUCCAGAAGCUGAAAAGGUGGAGGACAUGGUGGGGACCCUUCCAUCUGCUUUGUCUCCUGCCAGCUUGAGUAUCUGCAGUGUGGUGGCUCUUUCCUUAUCUUCUCGGGAGUCAGAAGGUGAGUCUGAGCUUCUGGCUUUGUCUGCUAAAGGCCGGCUCAUGACCUGUGGCUUGUGCAGCCCAGAUGAUACACAACCUGUAAAGAUGAACCCUGACAAAGCUGGACAGAGGAUCAAAGAGCUACUGUCUGGGAUAGGCCAUGUCUCUGAAAGGGUGUCCUCUCUAAAAAAGGCUGUGGACCAGAAGAACCAGGCUUUGACAUGCCUGAACCAGGUGAUGAAUGUGAGUGCAGCUUUGCUGUCUAGCCAGAAUGGUCAAAAGCCCAUCAGUUGCACCAUCGCUGCCCACUGGAGCCACAUGCUGGUCCAGAACACCUUGACGGUCUCCUGCGUGUUGGAGAACUCGAGUGAGUGCAGCCUGGAGCGAGGCUGGACUUUCUGCGUUCAGCUCUUCGCCAGCUCCUGUGACUUUGAGGAAGGCUCCACUGAUUCUGCCACCACCUAUACUUUCCCUAUAGAUCAGCUCCUUCCUGGCAACAAAACGGAGGUGACGCUUCCCCUGGGCCCUGCCGAAGACUCCAAGCUGGAGCUGCCUUUCACCGUCUCCUGUUCUCUCUACUACAGCCUGCAGGAGAUCCUGGGCACUGUCUCGGAGUCCACAGAGCUCCUUGAUGACCUGUUUGCUGAUGACUCCCCUGGCCUCUCCCCGGAUAGAGAAGGCAUCUGCCUGCCCUUGAGGGAGGUCACCAUUGACAUCCUGCAGUGCCUUCGCUUGGAUGGUGGCAGUGGGAUGUCUGAAGCCACACCACCUGCAGCUGCCAUCGCCUCACUCCCCAUGGACCCACUUGAUACCUUCCUAAAAUUGUCCCAGAUGCAGGCUGGCCUCGAGAACCAAGAAGGGGCUGCUGAGCUCAUUCCGGGAGCACUGGGUGCUCUGGGAGAGGGUUACUUGGCUCCGUCGGUGGCUUCCAUCCGGGUGUCCUCUGAGCUGCUGAGAACGACCCUGAAGGACUUUUCUGCAGGCGUGUCGCUGUGCUGUGCUGUGCUGCAGUGGCUGCUGGCGGAGAAUGCCGAGGCGGAGGCCCUCCAGAGCCAGGACAUGGCAGCAGUGCGGGGGCUGGCCCCAGACGGAGGCGAGGUGCAGCUGGACAUCCGAGAGGUGGCUGUCAGUGACUUGAAUCCGGCAGGCCCUAUCCAGGCUGUGGAGAUCAUGAUCCAGGGCUCACCACUGGCAAACAUGUGCCAGCUGCACCAUGCCGUGGUUAGACGUAUUCAGGCUCUGGUCUUGGAGCAAGCAGUCCCAGAUGACUCUCCUCCAGAUGUCCGUGUGCAAUACCUUCACCAGAUCCAAGCCAACCAUGAGAUGCUGCUAAAGGAGGCACAGUCCCUACGUGACCGUCUGUGCCUGGGGAAUGAUUCGGAUGUGACCGUGGAGAAGCUCCUGCACAUCUAUCGGCAGCUGCGCAACCCAAGCCUUGUGGUCCUGUGAGCAUCAAACCUUGGUGCACCUUGGAUGGCACCAUGGUCAUCUCUGCCCAGUACCAGUGGGAUGAAGGGGGCAGCUGGCUGUACGUCUUGUAAACUGACUGAGGGCUGAAGCGGAGAUGUGGCGGGGGAGAAGUGGAUUCUAGUUGGGCAAGCCCUGGGGCUGAUUGGCAGUUGGGUUCCACUCUGGAGGCUGACAGCUCAGGGGCUCAGCCUUUAUUUUAUUUAUUUAUUUAUCCAUUCAUUCCCUAUCCCCUCCCCCUCCCCCCCCUCUUUUAAUGUGAUUGUUUCCCCCUCCUCCAGGUUCUGAAUUCCUGCCCAUUCCUGGCAGGAAUCUUGAUCAGUGCAUCUUGGCAGUUCCGUGCACAGGCAGAGCAUCCGAGCGGACUGCUUGUGUGUCGUGCGUGUGUGUACGUGUAACGCGGACGGCUGGCAAGGUGCUGUCGUGGGUGGGUGUGGGUGGCGUGUUGUGGAUCACGCUCGGCAUUGCUAGUUUAGCUUCUUCUGCUUUCGGUGACAGUCGCUUUGCUGUGGCAGGCAGGGGUCUGGUGAGUUCCAGUCAGCUUGCGGGGAGGGGAGGGGAGGGGGUCGGUUGUGCUGGUGAUUGAUCUGUUCUUGUUUGCUCCCAGAAAAGGGCUACGCCUCUCGCUGUGUCAUAUAUUUCGGGAACACUGUGGAAAAACAGGAUGUCAUGUGCAUAAAGUAACUCUGGGGUGCUCUUAGUAUGGUGCCCUUUCUUUUUCUAAUGGGGCGUUUUGCUCCUUUUUCCAGUAUUUGUCCUUUCUAUAAACAACUUGCUUGUCAAUUUC